CCUGUGGCGAGAGAGGGGUCCUUUCCACCCCACAGCCGAACAAAAGAAGCCUGGAAAAGGAGAAAAUCAAGCAAAGACUUCUUAAGGGACAAGAGGACCCCCGAUUUCUGCGUUUUUGUGCGAAGACAGCAGCGUUCUUGAAGAUAUUUAAAGAAACAAGACUGCUUUCUGAUCUCCAUCUAUUGUCGGGAGUGUCAUCGGGGUCACGCAGAAGGAUGACCCGUUUUUCACCUGUCCUUCUUCGAUGUUCAUCAAAACAGGUUUACUCUCUCUGAGGAGAUCCUCCAAACACGCGCUCAGAUGCUCUCUUGGGUCUGUGUCCGCUUCUGGCUCCAGGUUUUCAGAGCAUCGCCUCAGAGGUCUCACUGUCCGGGCUGAUUGAAGCGCUGGAGCUCGCGAUGCGGUCCGUCCUGUGGUCUGCUGUCGUGCUAUGCUUCCAGGUCGUGUUACUGUUCUACAGCCCGUUACAGGUGCUAGCGGUGGAUAAUGUCAACUUUGGAGUGCAUGUUGAGAAUCAGACUGGGGUUCGGGACGGCCUGAGCCGGAAACACCACCGGGUUUACCAAAUCUACAGUCGAACCAGUGGAAAACAUGUUCAGGUGCUCGGCAAAAAGAUCACUGCCAUGGGAGAAGAUGGAGACAAAUAUGCCCAGCUCGUGGUGGAAGCAGACACCUUCGGGAGUCAAGUGAGAAUACGUGGAAAAGAAACAAACUACUACUUGUGCAUGAACCGCAAGGGGAAGCUUGUAGGGAAGAAAGACAGCAGCGUAAACGGAGGCUGCGUUUUCAUCGAGAUAAUGCUUGAGAAUAACUACACGGCUUGGAUGUCAGCACACUACGUAGGCUGGUACGUCGGCUUUACCAAAAAGGGUCAGCCUCGAAAGGGCCCAAACACGUUACCCAACCAACGGGACGUACAUUUCAUGAAGCGUUUUCCUCCAGGAGAACAGCCCGACCUGCAGCCCUGCAGCUUCACCACAGUCAGCAAGAGGAGCAAGAGAGUCCAGCAGACCUCCACCUCUCCUCCACCACUGCCAUAAAGCACCAAACACUGACCAGAGCGUGAACAUUUCAUCUAGCAGACCGACUAGAGACGCUCUUGAAAAUGUAUGUAGCUUAGACAUUAGGACGGACCUCUGGGUAGAAGUCAGUCGAAGGACGAGGUUGCUUAAACACUGUGUAAUCACGCAAACAUAACCAAAGACUCCUGGGCAAGUGUCCAGUCACUCAACCCUGACAACAAGGGGACCAAGCACUUCGGAGGCCAAAGAAUUCACCUCUAACGUCCAGUGCCACAGACUUUUAUUUGUCCCACAAUAAAAGAGCAAAGUGAUCUACUUAUUUGAUGCUGUACGGCUGGAAAACUAGCUUGCCAACUUUGAUACCAAUUUGCAUACUUUUUAUACGCAUCAAAAACAUCAACUUUGAGCCUAUUUUUUGGAGGCUGCAACCAAGAACCAAAGUCAACCUGAAUGUAUUUGUCAAGAGGAUCCUAUUAUGCUUUGUUUUUUGCCUCGCAUGCUUUGCUGUUCACUUUUCAGCAGGAGAACAUUCAUACUGUUCAGUGAUGGAAAUACUGGCAACCACUGAAAUGAAGUGUAAUAUAAAGGGAGCAAUAUAGGCGGUGCACUAUUCAGAAGGAAACAUCCCUAUGCCCUAAUCCAGAAGUGCCCAAGCUCGGUCCUGGAGGGCCGGUGUCCUGCACAGUUCAGCUCCAACUUGCUUCAACACACCUGCCUGGAUAAUUCUAGUAUACCUAGAAAGUGCUUGAUUAGCUUCAGAUGUGCUUAAUUGGGGUUGGCACUAAACUCUGUAGGACACCGGCCCUCCAGGACAGAGUUUGGACAACCCUGCCCUAAUCCCUUCUGAGUUUGGAAGGUAUAAGGUGUAGGGUACAAAAACAUUUUAGAACUCACUUCUGUGACAUCUGCAACAAAAACAUACGCAAGGAGUGAAGUGUCCAUCUAUUGUACCUUUUGGAAUCCUUUAUUCCAAUGGUCUCAAACUCAAUUCCUGGAGGGCUGCAGCUCUGCAUAGUUUAGCUCCUACCACCUCCAAUUCUCACCUGCUUAAUAGUCUCUAGUAGUCUUAAACACUUUGAUUUAGUUGGAUCAGCACUGUUUAAUUAGGGUUGGAGCUGCGGCCCUUCAGGAAUCCAGUUUGAGAGCUAUGCUUUAUUCUGAAGAGUCAUUUGUAGUGGCCAGUCCAAGUUCCUAUUUUGGAACGGUGCUUUAGCAUGGUGGUCAUAAUUGUUCUCAAUCCAAAGUGCCCUUUGCGAACUAGUUUUGCUGCAUCCCAAUUUGCCUACUUAUCCAUUCUAAACAGUAUUUGAAAAUAAAAUAUGUCCCAAGUGGUAGUAUGUUGAAGAAUAUGGCAAACAUUCCCGUAUGCUUUACUAUUUAUGGUAAAAAAUUUAAGUGUCGAACAGUCCAUAGUAUUAUCGCUGAUAUUGCCCACAGUACAUUGCGCGUUGGACAUGUAUUUGAUUAGAACUACAAACACGGUUAAAAAUGUAAAUAUACUACAAACAUGAUAAUACUAAACUUAUAUAAAGACAUGUUUGGACAUUAACGUCUAAAUUAGGGCUGUGCGAUUUGGGGGAAAUUAUCUAGUUGCAUUUUUUUUUGACAGAUAUUGCGAUUUUGAUUUGAUUUACGAUUUAAAUUUGAAGUCAAGCUUCAGCUCAAUAAUCUGUAAGCCGUGGCAACAAUUAGCUCUUAAAAAUGACCUGUUUUUGUGACUGAAUAUUUUCCCAUACUACCGACGUGCUGUCUUUGCUUCUGAAGAAGCAGAUUUUUUUAUAGUGGACAUAGUUCAGUUGUGCAAUUCUGAUUGGGCAGAACGAAAGUGUGCUUAAUUGGCUAGUAAGACUCACACACAGCCAGCAGUCACUCUGCGCGGGGGAAAUUAAAUAAUACAUAUACGUUUCAUAUUGCAGCCUCUUGCGAUUAGCUAAUCGCAACGUUACAACUUGCGAUAGCAAUUCGAUUUCAAUUAAAUCGCAGAGCCGCAGUCUGAAUGCACAAUUAUCCAAAGACCUGGAGUCUCGUGAAUGGGAGAUUAACCUGCUGCUGCUUCUCCAAUAAGGUAGGACAUUUAAUAUGACAGAAAUGGGGAUGAUUGACAGAACUUAUAACUAAGCAACACAACGAUCUGUUAAUGAGGUAGUAUGUCCCAAAGCUUGCAUACUCUUCUGUUACACAAUCAAAAGUAUUACUUUACUUCACAAAAUAAAUACAUACUUUAAGGGCAUAGUAGAAGUAUGCUAAUUGGGACGCAGCAAGCGUCAUGUUUAAAACAUAACUGUGACUACUGCUUCAGGUCAUUAUCUUUUUUUUUGGACUAAAAUAUUGUGCUGGAUUUCAUGCAGACAUUACUCGCAUGACCCUUUAUAAAUCAUUCGAAUGUUUGUGCUCUUAAGAAUCAACAGUUGAGCUGCUCUAUAUUUUUUGUGGAAACUGAUUUUGUUAGUCUUUUUCAGAUUCUCUGAGUAGAAAGAUGUUAAAAAUCUCCUUUCAGAAUUCUAAAAUGAAUAUCUUACUGCCACUUUUGACCAAUUUAAUGAAUCGUCGCUGAAUAAAUGUAUUGAUUGACUUUUUAUGUUGAAAAUUAGAAGCAUUGUGAAGGCUUUAUCUGAGAUCUCAUGCUAUUUUAAAUCCAAAAAAUAAGUACAUUUGCCAACCUUGCCGCCAUUCACAGCUGUACAGUGAAUACGGAUAUACUUUAACAUGUACAUUUUUUGUCUACUACAUAAGGAAGCUUGUGAUUUUAGACACAGCCAGCAUAUUUGACUUUUCCUUGAUCUGCACUGAUGUUUGUGGCAUUCUAACAGAACAUAUCCAUUACAGACCACAACAUGAGUUGAUUUUCUCUCUGGAGCUUUCAAUCGAUCAGUUAUUCAGACUGACCCCGGAGCAUCCAGCCCUGCAAGUGUCGUAAUGCAAAAUGUUGUGGUUACUGUUGCAAAUUACUCUGUCCCAAAACCACUUGGGGCUGGCGAAAUAUUGAGAGAUGAAAUAUUUUGAUACUAUUCAUGUUAUUAAAAUAUUUAUUUUGUGGAUA